CAGGAUGUGCUGACCCGCCGACAGACCAAUAAGUUGACGCACUCGCAGAACACGUUUAUCACCGUUAGCUGUAAACUACUGGCCGGCGAUUUGCCGCCGGCGGUCGGCGACGCGCCCAACACGUGUCUGGCGUUGACCAAGAGUUUUGGCGAUGUGAUCAGCGCCGGCUAUUUUCGCAAUGACCUCUAUCUCAGCAUCGAGUCGGCCGACCUCGAGAAAGGGGGCAAAGCCAUACCGAAGAACAUCGAAGUGUCCACAUGUCUGGUGACGGCCGAGAACGGGGUUCAGGACAAGUCAAUCAGCGCCGGCUGUAACGACGACCGGCACACGUACUACCGGUCGCACGUACUCUACCACCAGAACAGCCCCCGCCUAUCGGAGCACAUGAAAGUACACGUACCGCUGGAUCUGUUCGAAGCGGCGCACAUCCGGUUCGAGUUCCGCCACUGUUCCUCCAAAGACAGAGAGCGCAAACUCUUGGGCUUCGCUUUCCUACCGCUGGCCGACGCGUUGGGCGCCUGUAUUGCCGACGGCGACCACGAGCUGUACAUUUAUAAGUGCGAUGACAUCCGCCGACUCGACAACGCCAACGAGUAUCUGUUCAUACCGUGGGGUCCGAAGGAUUCGCUGAGUCCGGCCACUAGCGGGCCGUUUACCCGCUCGGCGAAGGAGUGCGCGCACGUCCGCACGUGUCUCGUGUCCAGCAAAUUGACCCAAAACUCGGAUCUGUUGUCUUUGUUGAAGUGGAGAGAGAAUCCCGACUCAAUUGUCGAAGCGCUGAAGCGUGUGAUGCGAAUACCCGGCGAAGAGUUGGUCAAGUUCUUGGAGGACGUGUUGGACGCGUUGUUCGCGCUGUUCGCCAACAACGACGGCUCCACUACCGCCCACUCGGGCCUCGUGUUCAAAGUGUUGAUCCAUAUCUUCACCACAUUGGCUGAGCCCCGCUUCCGGUCGUACGAGUUAGCGCUGGACACGUAUAUCGAGAGCCAGUUCUCUGCGGCACUCGUCCACAAGGGUUUGGUCUCGUGUGUUGAACAGUGCGCUAAAGUGGUGGGCGAUGUCGGCAAACGGGACCCGAUUUAUAAGUGCAUGCGAGUGCUCGCGUGGCUCAUCAAGUUUAUCAUACAGUCCCGCAUACUCUACACCCGCGCCACCGGCCAUAACGAGGACAGCGACAGCUUUCGGGCCGAUAUGUUUGGUUUGUACGGAGCCCUCAAUCGGGUGCUCACACUCGAGAGCAAAGGCCCGAGCGAUGAGUCGGUGACCGCAAUACAGGAAGCGAUACUACUGUCGAUACCGAUAACAUUCCCGCAACUCAUUCACGUGUUAAAUGUGAUAAAUCUGGCGAAACUGAUCAAAACGAUCAUCAAUUCGGUCUUCGACGGUAACCAUAAGAUAAUAUGCGCCAAACUGUUGGUCAUUCACGAGACGGUAAAGUGCGGCGACAUCUGGAGCGACGACGAGUCCCGGUUCGAGCUCUUGGAUACAGUGAUACGGCAACUGGUGUUGCAUAUCGUCGAACGGGAAUCGUUGCCAAUUCUUCGCCACAUUAUCAUCGAAUUGCGCCAAAACGGCAGCUCUCGGGACACAGAGAUGCUGAGCAUCGGAGCGCUGGACGUGAUGGUCGAGCACAUCAUCGACAUGUCAGAGAUCAGCGGCAAUCACUCGACUGAUCCGGACGCCGACUACUUGUCCCAAUUUAUCACGUGCUUUAUAUCGCUGUUGGAGCGAAUGAGCGAGGGCGAUUACUAUCAACUCUUCGAGAUCCGCUCCCACCGGCAGCGCAAAGAACUCCUGUGCCAUAUAUUCGCCGCAUUUCACGCCACACUCAACCACUUCCCCGACCACUGGUCGGCCAUGAAAAUGACCGCCAAUCACGUGAUACUCUGUUCGCUGCAAGAGUUGUGCGCCAUUAUGUCACGCAAUUUUCUCGACCAAUCAUUCGAUCCGAUUGUCUGGCGAUCGUUCUUCUCGUUGGCCAUCAGUUUUCUCACACAACCGUGUCUUCAGUUGGAGUCGUACUCUGUGUUCAGACAGCGAGCGGUGACCGACAGGUACGGCGAUAUGCGUGUACUGAUGGGCUUCCAGUUGGUCGCCUGUUGGGACCAAUUGGGCGCCUCGAAGAUACAGUUCAUACCGGCGCUGGUGUCGCCCUUUCUGGAGGUGACACUCGUACCGGAGGGCGAUCUCCGCAAAGCAACGAUUCCCAUCUUCUACGAUAUGCUGGACGUCGAGUUCAACGCCAACGGCAACUUCAAACAGGUGGAAUGCGCUCUAAUCGACAAAUUGGAUAUUCUAGUUAAUAACGGCGCCGGCGAUCCCGAGUUCCGGGAACUGCUGUCCACGAUUCUCAACAAAAAACUAUCUCAAGCGCAGCCGUUAUGGCGAGACGACGGCCAGCGACUGAUCGGCUCGCUAUCCAAACUGAUGUCACUGUUAAUAGACUACCGGUCGGUGAUGUCGGGCGACGGGGACUCUGUGCUGAUGUGUACGUACGCUCUGCUCCGGUUCUAUAGGGACGAGAUAUCGGCGGUGAACCGGACGGCCAUAAUGUUGCGGUACAUCGAAAAGUUGUCGGCCCUUCACAUACCGCUCGGCAAUUACGCCGAAUCGGCGUUCGCUUUGCAAUUGCACGCAAACCUACUGUCGUGGGACGGCUCGGGCGCCACCGGCGCCGUCGAGUAUCUCAAGAAGGAGUCGCUCUAUCAGCAGAUAAUCGACUAUUUCGAUCGCGGCUCGUGUUGGGAGGAAGGGGUCGCUGUGUGUAAAGAGUUGGCACCCGUUUACGAGCGCCAGUACUCGUUGGACCGGUUGUCGCAAGUGCUCAAAAGGCACGCAAACUUUUUGGAUAAAAUACUCAAACAAUUGCGACCCGAGAACGAGUACUUUCGGGUCGGCUUCUAUGGCCUCGACUUUCCGACGUUUUUACAGAAUCGGGUGUUUAUAUUCCGCGGCCUGGAGUUGGAAAAGAUCGGCGCUUUCACGCAACGCAUCCAAUCGGAGUUCCCGUCGGCCCAACUCAUGACCAAAAACGUGCCGCCGGACGAGUCCAUCACCGAAUCUCAUUGUCAAUACAUUCAAAUAGUGGCCGUACGCCCGGUGCCCGACCCGCCGCACAUCGCCAAAAGCGAGUCCACUGCCAACGGGUCGUCGACCGCACCCGAGACGGCCCUAAACUACUACAACACAAACUGUGUCCGCAAAUUCAUAUACGACCGACCCGUGCAAAGGGCGCCGUUUGACCCGAACAACGAGUUCAAGUCGCUGUGGAUUGAGCGCCAGUGCUGUCAGAUUGAGCACCAGUUGCCCGGAGUGUUGCGCAUGUUUGAAGUGGUGGCCACACACGUGACCCAAGUGUCGCCCAUAGAGCACGCGUGCGAAACCAUCGACAACAUGAACCAAGAGUUGUCGAAAUUGAUCUCCAGUUUCACCUCCGAAGCCAAAUACGAGUCCAUUUCACCGCUUUCUAUGCGAUUACAGGGCAUUCUGGAGGCCGCUGUCAACGGCGGUGUCGCCAAAUAUAUGGACGCGUUUCUGGUGCCGACAUUCAUCGCCGCCAACUCUCCGCUCUCGUCAUUCAUUGUGCGCCUCAAGUCAGGGAUCGCACAUCAGGUCCGCAUUCUGGAGGGCGGACUCACACUCCACGGCCGACUCGCGCCGCAAGCCGUGCGACCCCUACACCAGCGACUGGUCGAGCGGUUCCAGACGAUGCGGGCGCACAUCCAUCAGUCAAACAUCGAUAAUCGGCCGUCGAUUCUAUCGCAACCGUUGCCUCCCAUUCCCAGCCACGACAACACCGGCGGCGGCGGUCACCCGAAGAAGUCUGUUGUGAUGGUAGGCGCGGCCACAUCUGCCGCCAGCCUAUCGAUGACCACCGACUCGUUGCCGCCAAUCUAUGGCCAGAUGUUGGGCGACGAGAAUAUCUAUUCCGUACCGCAGGACCAGACAGUGCUAAACCUGUCGCAGGGGUCGCCGCGGCCGCGAUCGGCCGGUUUCGAGAACGGCGGACACAACGCUCGGGUUCAACGCUCGCGAUCCAUACCCCGCUCGCACCCCAUCAACAGCGGUCUCAACACUAUUCACGGCUCGCCCGCAAACACCGGACCCCCUCUACCGCCGCGUUCGUCGACUCUGGAGCGCAAUCACAGCCACACCAGCGGUUCCAGCAGUUCGGGCAGCGAUAGGCCGGCUCUCCCUCGUCGGCAGCGCAAGUGUUCCAACGAUUUGGAGUACAAACUCAUUGAUAUCGACAUCGAGAGCAUACCCUCGCCGUCGGCACUGUUGGCCGCCAUGAAGAGGGGUUUGGAUCCACUCGACCCCCAACACCACCACAACAACAACAACAACACUAGUCUUCUGGACUGAUGGCCACUCUAUCGAUGAAAAUAAUGACA